AUGGAACAAAAACCGAAGCUUACAUUUGGGGAAAUAAAUUCUAAGAAUUUAGAGCAAUUUAAAAUCAUAACACAAAGACAUUACCAGUUUCUUAUAGCGAUAAGUUUUAUCAGAGGAUUCUCACUUAUUAAGACUUUUCUGCAUUAGCCUCAUUACAGGAUAUUUAUAAUGAUAUUGCAAAUAGAAGACCAGGAUGAGGUUAAAACCGCAUAUAUAAUGACAUUUGGUGUGCUAGAUGCAUAUCGUCGGUUGGGAUUUGGCUCACAGCUAUUAUAUGAACUCAUCAAUAGAAUUAACUCUUAUAAAGAGAUUAGAAGAAUCUAUCUACAUAUUUGGUCGAAUAAUGAUGUUGGUUUCUAAUUUUACUUAAGUCAUGGGUUUGAAAAGACCAAAUACAUGAAAAAUUAUUAUACGAACAUUGAGCCUCCUCAUUGUUAUAUCCUAACCAAAAGGCUAUAUCCUGAUGAGGAUCCUCCUAUUUAAUACAUAGAGUAGGAUUUCUAAAAUUGA